CUAAGUGGAUUAACGCCGAGUACGGAGCCCUAGGAUCAGUCUGGGUGUAUGUCGCAGGAGGUUUUCCUCCACGGCUUACGGAUGUCCUAGGAUGGCGGCGCUACCGCCCGUGCCGGUUGCUGAGGGUGCGAUUGUGACCGUAGUACCUGUGUCGGGUGCCGACAGCUAUGGUGAGACGCCUGAAGUCGAAGGAGAAGGAGUUGGAAUAGCGGGCGAAGAGAAGGACUCAUCCACGAGAGGAGCGGAGGCCUUUGGGGACAGCGAGGAGGACGGAGAGGAUGUUUUCGAGGUGGAGAAGAUCCUGGACAUGAAGACUGAGGGGGGUAAAAUCCUUUAUAAAGUCCGAUGGAAGGGCUAUACAUCAGAUGAUGAUACAUGGGAACCUGAGAUUCAUUUGGAGGACUGCAAAGAAGUUCUUCUUGAAUUUAGGAAGAAAGUUGCAGAGAACAAAGCUAAAGCAGUCAAGAAGGAUAUUCAGAGACUGUCUUUAAAUAAUGACAUAUUCGAGGCAAACUCUGAUAGUGAUCAGCAAAGUGAGACAAAAGAAGAUACUUCCCCAAGGAAGAAAAAGAAAAAGAUAAGGCAUAAAGAAGAGAAAAGCCCAGAUGAUUUAAAAAAGAAAACAAAAACUGGGAAACUAAAAGAUAAAACCAAACCAGAGCUAGAGAGCUCCUCUGAAAAUUUAGUAUUUGAUUUAAGGACAAAGAAAAGAAUUUUGGAAGCCAAAGAAGAAUUAAAAGACUCCAAGAAGCCCAAAAAGGAUGAAAUCAAAGAAGCUAAGGAAUUAAAGAAAGUUAAAAAGGCUGAUAGAGAUUUAAAGACUAAAAUAAGAGAAGAUCCCAAAGAAAACAGAAAAACAAAAAAAGAGAGUAUUGAAUCUCAGCUAGAGUCUGAAUCAAAUGUGCUUAAUGAUUCCCCUUUUCAGGAGGAUGACAGUGAAGAGUUAUUUCCUGACAACAGAGAAGAGAAACAAAAAAUUAAAAGUACAAAAGAAGCAUGUCAGGAGGCAAUUCAAGAGAGUAGUUUUGAGAAACAAUUGGAUGGAACUAUAAGUGCUGAUGAGGAUGCUGAUGUCAAAGCCAAGAGGAAAAAAAAGAAGCCGAGAAAGACUGAGGAACCAAAAGAGAGCAAAAAGCUAGAAAAUAAGAACAUCUUCUCAGAGAAAAAAACUACACCUAAAAAACAAAGGAAUCAAGACAAAGGAAGAAGUAACACAGAGUUAGAUAAGCUGACCUCACCUCCAUCUGCUCAAAUACAGAAGGAUUCCAGGUCUGGUGGGGAAGAGAGAGUGCUCAGAUCCUCUGACUCAACUGAGGAGGUAAGGAGACCAAAAAAAAAUGAACCCAAAGAAAAAUACCAGAAAAGAUAUGAUUUAGACAAGGAAGAAAAAGCAAAAGAGCCAAAGGGAUUAAAGACAUUUAAAGAAAUCAGAAAUGCAUUUGAUUUAUUAAAAACUACAGAAGAGAAAAGUGAUGUUUCUGAGAAUAAUCGGAAAAGAGAAGAAAUACCACUGGAUUGUAAAACCACAGAAGAUCAUAAAACCAAGGAAAACAAGUAUUCACUUAAAGAAAGGAAGAAUACCAGAGAUGAAACUGACACUUGGGCUUACAUCGCUGCAGAAGGUGAUCAGGAAAUUUUGGACAGUAUAUGCCACACGGAUGAGAAUUCAGAUGGUAGGCAACAGAUUUUGAGUUUGGGCAUGGACCUGCAGCUGGAAUGGAUGAAAUUAGAAGAUUUUCAAAAGCAUCUCGAUGGGGAAGAUGAGACUUUUGUCACAACAGAUACAAUUCCUAGUAAUGUGUUGAGGGAUGCUGUGAAAAAUGGGGAUUAUAUUACUGUAAAGGUUGCACUUAACUCAAAUGAAGACUACAACCUAGACCAAGAGGAUUCCAGCGGGAUGACACUGGUGAUGCUUGCUGCAGCAGGAGGUCAGGAUGACCUCUUGAGACUUCUUAUCACCAAAGGCAAGGUGAAUGGACGACAGAAGAAUGGAACCACAGCCCUCAUCCAUGCUGCUGAGAAGAACUUUUUAACCACAGUGGCUAUUCUUUUGGAAGCUGGAGCUUUUGUAAAUGUCCAGCAGAGCAAUGGUGAGACUGCACUCAUGAAAGCCUGUAAAAGAGGAAAUUUGGACAUUGUACGGCUCGUAAUUGAAUGUGGAGCUGACUGCAAUAUUUUGUCAAAGCACCAAAAUAGUGCAUUGCAUUUUGCAAAGCAGUGUAACAACGUGCUUGUGUAUGACUUGCUGAAGAGCCAUUUAGAGACGCUUUCAAGAGUGGCAGAAGAGACAAUCAAGGAUUACUUUAAAGCUCGCCUUGCUCUGCUGGAACCUGUUUUCCCAAUAGCAUGCCACAGACUCUGUGAGGGGCCAGAUUUCUCAACAGAUUUUAAUUACAAACCCCCACAGAACAUACCAGAAGGCUCUGGCAUCCUCCUCUUUAUUUUCCAUGCAAACUUUUUGGGUAAAGAAGUUAUUGCUCGGCUCUGUGGACCAUGCAGUGUACAAGCCGUAGUUUUAAAUGAUAAAUUUCAACUUCCUGUUUUUCUGGAUAGUCAUUUUGUUUACUCAUUCAGCCCUGUUGCAGGCCCCAAUAAGCUCUUUAUAAGGUUGACAGAAGCACCCUCCGCCAAGGUGAAACUGCUGAUAGGUGCAUACAGAGUACAGCUGCAGUGACCAAACAGAACUGGAUGGAGUUACUUUCAGACCUAUUCCUAUGUACUUUUUUGGAGCAGUUUGGAAUUCUGGCACCACUAAAAUUUUCAAAUGUAAAGUUUCAUCUGUAAACUUUUUGCAGUUUAAGCUUGUCAUCUGUUAUAGUCUGUAAGAUGGGGCGUGAUGGCUCUAAUACAUGUAAAAUACAGAUUAAGUACUUGUGCCAGUGUUCUGAAAUCUUAGCAUUAUAUCCAGACUGCAUAUUUCUUUUUUCCACAAUGUGGAAAGAUACAUGAGGGUUAUUUAAGAAAAUUAAAAAACAAAAUACUUUUUUUGACUCAAAAUUUUUCUACUAUCCCUGGUGAAUUUCUGUGUUAAGGAAAAAAUUUAGAUGCAAAGCAUUUACUUACAGCAGAGGAGGCAUGCUGUAUUCAAAUUAUCCAAGCACUGAAUAAAGGAAAUUUUCUGGCCUUGAAAGAUGACUGGUCUAAUGUGGUGAUGGGAUAGUUAAUAUAGAGGUGCCCCACCCCCAGCAGAAAGGGCAGAGUUGGCAGUACCUUUGAAAAGGUGAAGUGCAAGAAUCUAAAUCAAGACAUUGUGAGGCCUAAGAGUAUAACAUGUGAAUUUCUACCAAGUUAAUUUUGAAAAGCCAUUUCCCUGUUUUGAACAUGACUAGGAAGGCUGGCAUUGGGUCCCAGCUGAGCCUUGUUAUGCCACUACAGCAUUGGAUGCCACAGUGUCCCUUGCAGGAAGGCACUGCCACAGACCUCACAACCUCUUCAAGCAAUUGCUGAAUUCGUUAUUUAAAGAAAGAAUUUUAGAAAGUCGUGUAAUGUUAGACCCACAUAGGUACAGUGUGUAGACAUUUCAGAAAAUCGUGUAUACAACCUAAAUCAUUUUUUCGAGUUUACAUCCUAUUUUUUUCUCAAUAAAACAUGAUCUUGGUCUAUUUACAUCUUAAAUCUCAGGACUGCAAAACAAGGUAGAUAAUAUAUAUGAUUUUCUAGCUAAAUGAUGGCUGGGGUUGAACUUUUUCACCUAAACAUACUAGUACUGAUUUCAUAGCUUUCUGGGGGAAGAUUAGGAGGUCUGCAUUAGUAAUGGUAUAAGUCAGGAACAAUAAGAAAAAUAUAAAUCAGUGACAUAUACAUAUGUAAAAGAAUCUUGAAGUAAAAUUUGUUACCUCAAAAUCUUUCCCAAGUUGAACAGCCUUACUGGAAAACAUUACAAAGUGAUCUGCUGCUUCAUCAAGGAGGCAGGGCUAUCCAAACUAAAAACCAAAUAGGAAAUCUGUAUAGUUCCUUUAGUUUAGGAUGAUAAAUGUUGAAGCUGUGGUAAGUUAGUAAGGAUGAGAUCUUUUAACAGGCAAAAAUCAAUGACUGGGAAAGUGGACAAGUUAAUUUGAAUGAAACAUGAAACUGUGGGGUAAUGUGCUAACAGGAUUGUCUGUAUGUCAUCUUUUCCCAGAUGUGACAAUAAGUUGUGUAUCUACUAGAAAUAGAAUGUGGAGCCACACAAUUUAAUGCAUUUAUUUUGCUGUAAUCCAUAGUUUCUCAAUAGAUGGACAAAAAGCCCAUUUGUGUUUGUGGAUAAGUAAAAAUAAUUAAAUGCUGAAAAUUCAGGAUAAUGAAGAAGACUUUAAUCAACCAAAAACUCCCUGGAAAGCUACUUAUUGCUCAUAAGCAGGUUCUCUAGUGAGGUUUCCUUUGAUGUAAUGCUGCUACUUACACUUUUGUAUCUGAUUAAAAAAAAAAAAAAAAAGGAAAACAGUUAACAGCUUUA